AUGGCUCGAAAUUAUAGAGCCAAGUCCCUUUUGCGGUCUCGGCAAAGGGCAGGUAUCCGAGGCGGCCCGGGCAUGGACUCCCAGCAGCAGCAGUACUGCCUUAAGUGGAACAGCUUCGGCUCGAAUUUAGCGACAUCGUUCGCAAACCUAUGGAACUCUGAGAGUCUCGCUGAUGUCACAUUGUAUUGUGAGGGUCGCCAGUUCAAAGCACACAAAGUUAUCUUGGCAGCGUGCAGUAAACACUUUCAAGAGUUAUUCGACACUGCACCGCCAAGUCAUGCAGGAGCUUGCUAUGUGUUCCUCGAGGCCACUACGGCUGACAACAUGCAAGCCCUUCUUGAGUUCAUGUAUAAAGGAGAGGUGCAUGUCAGUCAAGAUGCUCUCUCCAGCUUUCUUAAAAGCGGAGAAAACCUACAGGUUAAAGGCCUAUCUAUGGAAAUGUCCAACGACGCGUGGGUGAAGCAACAGACGCAGCAAUCAACAGAACGUCAUCAGACUCGUGUCAAGACGAGCCCCGUGUCUGGUUCAGGAAGCUGUGAUCUCCAAGAUUCUGCCCCACCACAGUCGCACACAGCUACGUUCGCACCGAUUAUGCCCCAGUAUGGCAUGCCAAUACACAGUGGAAGCGGUUCUAUGGGUCGAUAUGCCCCGCCAGCUCAUUUACCCAUGCAUUCGACUUCACAUCGCAGACCGCCUCCACCAAAACCAUCACCGUCACAGAGUCCGCACGCUAGGAAUUACAGGCAAAGCUCAUCAUCUUCACAUUGCGGCAGCGUUGCCGACGAGCCAGACACGCGCUCGUCACCCGGCGCCGGCGCGCGGUAUGAAGAAACACCCCCCGACACUUCCAGCCACGCCAACCCUGUAAAGAACAACGGAUAUGACAAAGGCGCCGCGGUUAAUGAUGGUAUGAUGGAAAGCCUGUCCAAUGACCAGGGGGCUGAAGAUUUACGGGUGAAGAGCGAGAACGAUUAUCACGCAAGUGGUUAUAACAACUCGCCCCCGCCCGCCGUGUCGAUUCCCACAACCAACUAUCACGACAAGCCCCAUGAGACAUCACCUGUACCGCCCAAGCCCAGCCCCGACCUUUGGCCCACGAAACUGAUCACGAGCAAAUCUGGUGGAAUUGCAACUGCUGAUGGUAAAAAACUAAAGUGUCCAUAUUGCGAGCGGCUAUACGGCUACGAGACGAAUCUGCGCGCCCACAUCCGCCAACGGCACCAAGGUAUCCGCGUGCCCUGCCCGCACUGCUCGCGCACGUUCACGCGCAACAACACUGUGCGCAGGCACAUCGCGCGCGAACACCGCCACCAGGUCCACCUCACGCAGGGACCAUUACCCAACCAUACACAG